CUAAUCGGAGCCUGCCUUCUCCUACGUAAUCGAUCUCAUUUGCUCGGGCCUCUUGCGACCAAGAACCCUACGCCGCGAUCCUCCUUCCCGUCGGUCGAGAUAGCGUUCUACAAGGAAGUCGAGGAGUAGUUUUUGAGGCUCUUCCGCUUCGUGCUUGAAAUUAGAGGGUGAAGUUCGACAAUGACGGAACCCUCCAAAGUAAUUCACAUCCGCAAUGUUGGACAUGAGAUAUCUGAGAAUGAUCUUCUUCAGUUAGUGCAGCCGUUUGGAGUUGUCACCAAGCUUGUGAUGUUACGAGCCAAAAACCAGGCGCUGCUUCAGAUGCACGAUUUGACUUCUGCCGUUAAUGUUCUGCAAUACUACACCAGUGUUCAACCAAGUGUCCGGGGAAGAAAUGUUUAUAUACAAUUUUCUUCACAUCAGGAACUGACAACAGCAGACCAGAACUCUCAAGGGAGGAAAGGUGAUCAGGAUUCACAACCCAAUCGAAUCCUCUUAGUUACAAUUCAUCACAUGCUCUAUCCUAUCACAGUUGAAGUGCUGCAUCAAGUGUUUUCUCCUUAUGGAUUUGUGGAGAAAAUUGUCACGUUCCAAAAGUCAGCUGGUUUUCAGGCCCUUAUCCAGUAUCAGUCACGUCAGAGUGCCUUGCAAGCAAGAAGUUCUCUGCAAGGACGCAAUAUUUAUGAUGGCUGCUGCCAGCUAGAUAUCCAAUUCUCCAAUCUUAAUGAGUUGCAAGUGAAUUACAACAAUGAGAGGUCUAGAGAUUUUACAAAUCCAUCUUUGCCCACCGAACAAAGAGGUAAAUCUUCACAACAUAGUUAUGGUGAUGCUGGAAGUCUCUAUGCACUUCAAGCAUCUGGUGCCAGAGUUGCAUUUGCUCAGAUGGGCAAUGCUGCAGCAAUUGCUGCUGCAUUUAGCAGUGGUCUGCCUCCUGGAGUAACCGGUACCAAUGAUAGGUGCACACUCUUAGCAACUAACUUGAAUCCUGAUAAAAUUGAUGAAGAUAAGCUUUUUAAUUUGUUCUCCAUAUAUGGGAAUAUUGUAAGAAUAAAACUGCUGCGCAAUAAACCGGAUCAUGCACUUGUUCAGAUGGGGGAUGGCUUUCAGGCAGAAUUGGCUGUACACUUCUUGAAGGGAGCAUUGUUGUUCGGGAAGAGGUUGGAGUUAAAUUUCUCCAAAUAUCCGAACAUAACUCCAGCAGCUGACACCCAUGAAUAUGCUGGGUCCAGUCUCAACCGCUUCAACAACAAUGCAGUUAAAAACUACAAGUAUUGUUGUUCCCCGACAAAGAUGAUUCAUUUGUCAUCUCUUCCACAAGACGUCAUGGAGGAGGAUAUUGUGACCCAUCUGGAGGAGCAUGGCACGAUUGUGAAUGUAAAGCUUUUCGAGGUGAAUGGAAAGAAGCAGGCUCUCGUCCUGUUUGAGGACGAGGAACAGGCCACCGAGGCUCUCGUGUGCAAGCAUGCAAACACCAUCGACCGGUCAGUCAUCCGUAUUUCCUUCUCCCAGCUACAGAGUAUUUAAGAGACUUUGUUCCAUCUUUGUGGCCUUGCUUCAUCAUUUUUCUUGUAUGUGACAUUGCCAAAUAUUGAUAUCCCAUAAUGGCUUCAGCACAUUUUAGAUCUGUAUCUUUAAUCUGAAGGAUUAUUUAAUCUGAGAGGUUUUUUGGAGUUCGUCAA